GGUUCCUCUUCCGUAACCUUAUUCUCACCAUUUGCAGCUAUCUCCUGCCCUCUUCUGAAAUCCUCUCCAAAAGGCCAAUUGGCCAACAACCUUUUCACUAAUGAGUAAAUCACCAAUAUUUGAGUUUCUCCUUCUAUUACUCAUUGCCUUAGCCGCUAAUGCCGCCGUCGCUACACCGACAACCCAACAAUUCAAGGAAGCCCCACAGUUCUAUAAUUCUGCGGAUUGCCCGAUAAUUGUUGAUGAAGAUGGAUCGGAUGGCGAGGAUUCCGUUUUAUGCUCGGAUCAAGCGGUUCAUGUGGCAAUGACCCUUGACACAGCUUACAUCAGGGGGUCCAUGGCGGCUAUUCUCUCGGUACUUCAACACUCCUCUUGUCCUCAGAACAUUGCCUUCCAUUUCGUAGCCUCCGCCACCUCCAACGCGUCUCUUUUACGCGCCACCAUCUCCUCCUCCUUCCCUUACCUCAACUUCCGAGUCUACUCUUUCGACGACUCCUCUGUUUCGCGCCUCAUUUCGACCUCCAUCCGCUCUGCUCUGGAUUGCCCUUUGAACUACGCUCGAAGCUACUUAGCCAAUCUCCUUCCUUUAUGCGUCCGCCGAGUCGUGUAUCUUGACUCAGACCUGGUUCUCGUCGAUGACAUAGCUAAACUCGCCGCAAACCCACUCGGAGACGACUCAGUCUUGGCUGCACCUGAGCAUUGCAAUGCAAACUUCACGACCUACUUUACUCCAACGUUUUGGUCAAACCCUUCUUUAUCUUUGACUUUCGCGAACCGUAAACCCUGUUACUUCAACACUGGAGUUAUGGUAAUCGACCUUGAUCGAUGGAGAGACGGAGAUUACACGACGAAGAUUGAGGAAUGGAUGGAGCUUCAAAAAAGAAUGAGAAUUUACGAAUUGGGUUCUUUGCCACCGUUUUUAUUAGUUUUCGCCGGAAAUAUAGUGCCGGUUGAUCACAGAUGGAAUCAGCAUGGCCUCGGGGGCGAUAAUUAUAGAGGUUUGUGCAGAGAUUUGCAUCCAGGUCCGGUUAGUCUUUUACAUUGGAGUGGAAAAGGGAAACCAUGGGCGAGGCUUGAUGCUAAUAGGCCAUGUCCUCUGGACGCUUUAUGGGCACCUUAUGAUCUCCUUCAAUCACCAUUUGCUUUGGAUUCUUGAUUGAAUUUGAAACAAAUGGCCAAAUGGGAAACGCUUGUUAAUUUGCUGCUGGAUUUCAAUUGGUUUACCUACUUUUCAGGGCAAGUGUUUGUUUGCCGAGAAAGUGACUUAAUCAUCAAGAAAUGGUGGAAUUGUAAAGAUUUCUAGCUGAUGAUGGUGCUGAGUGAAGAGAGAGCAAUGGGCGAUUGUAGAUUAUUACAGGUAUUAUAUUAUAUAUACUGCAAUUAAUCUUUACUCUUCCUUUUUGCAAGAACGAUUACACUGUAAACAUGAAGGAUUUUUUUUAAUAAGGAGAAGAAAGUCCAGAUGAUGGGUUUGUGUA